GGCCGAUACGAGUCUGGAGGGGAACCUAGGCUUCCGCUCGGUGGGAAAGCAAGAUGGCCACGGCUGGGGGCGGCUCUGGGCCUGGCCCGGGACGCUGGGGUCUGCUCCGCUUUUUGUCUUUGUCCGUGAUGUUAGCAGGUUUGUGUUGGGGAAACUCAGUGGAGAGGAAGAUCUACAUCCCCUUAAAUAAAACAGCUCCCUGUGUCCGUCUGCUCAAUGCCACUCAUCAGAUUGGCUGCCAGUCUUCAAUUAGCGGGGACACAGGGGUUAUCCACGUAGUGGAGAGAGAAGAAGACCUGCAGUGGGUAUUGACAGAUGGCCCCAACCCCCCUUACAUGGUUCUACUAGAGGGCAAGCUCUUUACCAGGGAUAUAAUGGAAAAGCUGAAGGGGAGAACUAGCCGAAUUGCUGGUCUUGCUGUGACUCUAGCCAAGCCCGGUUCCAUUUCAGGCUUCUCUCCUAGUGUGCAGUGCCCAAAUGAUGGGUUUGGUAUUUACUCCAAUUCCUAUGGCUCAGAGUUUGCUCACUGCAAAAACAUGCAAUGGAACAAACUGGGCAAUGGCUUAGCUUACGAAGACUUCAGUUUUCCUAUCUUUCUUCUUGAAGAUGAGAAUGAAACCAGGGUCAUCAAGCAGUGCUAUCAAGAUCACAACCUGGGUCAGAAUGGCUCUGCGCCAAGCUUCCCGCUGUGUGCCAUGCAGCUCUUCUCGCACAUGCAUGCUGUUCUCAGCACCGCCACCUGCAUGCGGCGCAGCUACAUCCAGAGCACCUUUAGCAUCAACCCAGAAAUCGUCUGUGACCCCUUGUCUGACUACAACGUGUGGGGCAUGCUUAAACCUAUAAACACAUCUAAGGCAUUAGAACCUGAUGACAAGGUUGUGGUUGCUGCCACCCGGCUGGAUAGCAGGUCCUUUUUCUGGAAUGUGGCACCAGGGGCAGAGAGUGCUGUUGCUUCUUUUGUCACUCAGCUGGCUGCAGCUGAAGCUCUGUACAAGGCGCCUGAUGUGACCACCCUGCCCCGCAAUGUCAUGUUUGUCUUCUUCCAGGGGGAAACCUUUGACUACAUUGGCAGCUCAAGAAUGGUAUAUGAUAUGGAGAAGGGCAUAUUUCCUGUGGGGCUAGAGAACAUUGACUCGUUUGUGGAGCUGGGACAGGUGGCCUUAAGAACCUCACUAGACCUCUGGAUGCACACAGAUCCCAUGUCUCAGAAAAAUGAGUCUGUGAGGAACCAGGUAGAGGAUCUCCUGACCACACUGGAGAGGAGCACUGCUGACAUCCCUGCUGUUGUCCUCAAGAGACAGAAUCAGUCCCAGCCCCUCCCACCAUCCUCUCUACAGCGAUUCCUUAGAGUUCGAAACAUCUCUGGUGUUGUUCUGGCUGAUCACUCAGGUGUCUUCAAUAAUCGCUUUUACCAGAGCAUUUAUGACACUGCUGAGAACAUUAAUGUGAGCUAUCCUGAAUGGCAGAGCCCAGAAGAGGACCUGAACUAUGUGACAGACACUGCCAAGGCCCUGGCAGAUGUGGCCACAGUGCUGGGACGUGCACUGUAUGAGCUUGCAGGAGGAACCAACUUCAGCUCAAUUCAGGCUGAUCCUCAAACGGUUACACGCCUGCUCUAUGGGUUCCUGGUUAGAGCCAACAACUCCUGGUUCCAGUCUAUCCUCAGACAGGACUUAAGGGCUUAUUUGGGUGAUGGGCCUCUUCAACAUUACAUUGCUGUAUCCAGCCCCACCAACGCUACUUACGUUGUGCAGUAUGCCUUGGCAAAUUUGACUGGCACAGUGACCGACCUCACUCGAGAGCAGUGUCAAGAUCCAAGUGAAGUUCCAAAUGAAAGCAAGGAUCUAUAUGAAUACUCAUGGGUUCAAGGCCCUUUGAAUUCCAACGAGACAGAACGGCUCCCACGGUGUGUGCGCUCCACAGCACGACUAGCCAGGGCCUUGUCCCCUGCCUUUGAACUGAGUCAGUGGAGUUCCACUGAAUAUUCUACAUGGACUGAGAGCCGCUGGAAAGAUAUCAGAGCACGGAUAUUCCUAAUUGCCAGCAAAGAACUUGAGUUUAUCACCCUGGUCGUGGGCUUCGGCAUCCUCCUCUUCUCUCUCAUCGUCACUUACUGCAUCAACGCCAAAGCGGAUGUCCUUUUUGUUGUUCCUCGAGAGCCAGGCGCCGUGUCUUACUGAACAGGACUCCAGCUCUUCCUGCCAGCUCUGCACUUCACUUCCGAGAUCAGUUGUCCCACUGAGAACAAACCACUAAUUUGUCACUGGAGUCUCUCUGGGCCUGUCUUAGACUGGGAUUUCAUAUGGAAUGGAACUAUUGAGUGGAGAUGGAAAAAUAAACAAGUUGCCUCCCCUCCUCAGUUCCCCCUUUCCCACUUCUUCCUUUCUCUAUCCCAAGACAGCAGGAAUUAUGCUAGAAGCUUCUGCCCCCAUUUAACUCCCCAGUUACCCGCCCUCAUCUGCUCUUCCUCAGGAUACCUCCUGUCUUUCCAUUCUGCCCUUUACCUCUCUCUGCUCCCACUGCCACCCCAUCCUCACCCCUCUACCCAACCACAGGACCUGGAAGAAGGACAUGAAGGAUUGAGCAUCAGGAUCAAACUACACUAAACCCCUAGGGAGAAGAAUGGAUUCUCUGGCUGAGCCAGCUGUCUCUUUCCCAAUGUCCUUUCUCCGGGUCCUCAGAUGGCACGAUAGGGUGGGCAUGCUGUUGGGUGGGUAUCCCACCUCUAGCCCACAGUGGUCAGUUGUACUUUUUAUUAAGCUGUAAUAUCUAUUUUUGUUGGAGUUUUUCCCCUUUUUUUUGUAAAUAUAUAAAUAGCAAGUUUCAUUAAAAUUAUCCCAUACAAUUGGUA